AUGCACGAUUUCUGCUUCACUAUCCCGUACGGGAUCCUUCUGAUCGUCGGAGGAUCUAUGGGAUAUUUUAAGAAAGGAAGCAUCAUGUCUCUCGCCGGAGGUGCAGGCACUGGAUUCCUUGUCGUUCUCGCUGGUUUCAUCAGCCUCAAAGCUUUCGAGAAGAAGAAGACCUCGCCUCUCGCUACCGUUCUCGAGACAGUCAUUGCAGCAGCUCUCACAUUUGUAAUGGGACAACGGUACUUGCAAACUCAGAAGAUUAUGCCUGCUGGUUUUGUUGCUGGAGUCAGUGCUCUCAUGACCUGUUUCUAUGUAUACAAGAUCGCCACCGGAGGCAACCACAUACCACCAAAAGCUGAGUGA